AUGUCCAUCAAUUGGGUUAUGCUCGAUGGCAAAGGAGCCUUUGUCCCGUUGCCAGGAGAAAGGAUCAUCCACAAGUCAUCGCCGAGAAUUGGUCUCGCCAUCACCACCCCGUCGACAUAUCCAGGGAACAAUCCAGUGUCAAUCCACUGCAACUCUGGCAUCGUUUAUUUGACCAAUCAGAGAAUCGUGUAUCUGCCAGAGAAGUCCACCUCGGAGCUCCAAUCAUUCUCCGCGCCCCUUCUCAAUUUGCACGACACACAUCUUACCCUGCCCUGGUUCGGACCGAAUGCCUGGCAGGCCCUCUUACAGCCGGUUCCUGGCGGGAACAUUCCCGCAACACAAGCCGCCGUUGAACUCAAGUUGACUUUCAAAGAAGGUGGAGCUCCCGAUUUCCAUUCCACCUUUGAACAGAUCAAGGAGCGACUUCAGCAAGUAGUGUCCACAGCGAGGGAGAAUAACUUGACAGGCUCGCGGCAGGAUGCCUACUUGGGCAAUGUGAAUCUGGACAACGUCCAUCUUGAUCAGCUGCCUUCGUAUAACGAGUCUGGGCAUGAUCCCAUAGCUCUGAGCCAAUCCAGCGCUACCAGCGAGGACGUGAACUCCCCUAUCUUGAUGAGUCCCCACACGGCUCCGGAAUUGAGGCGAGCUGGAACACCUCAAGGUGAAUCGCAGACACCAAGCGACGCGCCUCCAGGGUACGAAGAGACACAACAGCAGAGCAUUCAGGCUGAGUUGGACCGAAGAUUGUCAGAGACUCGUGGCUGA